AUGCAUCAUUAUUAUCAUCAUCAUUGUCCUGAGAUGAGGAGGAUGAUGACGUCAAAUGAUUUGAAUCAACACAACGUAAGUGAGUGUAAAAAACCCUCCAAUGGUAAACUACUUCAACACUGGCUGCAAUUACAACAGCAUCCAACAGAGAAAAAGUCCUCUCUCUGCCCUACUACUGAGGAAGGACAAGAUAAUAAACCUGUCUCCUCGGAGAAUAUACCUCCUGUUGAUCGUUAUUCACGAUCACAAGUAAAUAAGUUGGUGUGUAAAGAGUCACAUGGACGGAAAUCACACCACCACCAUCACCAUAAUCAUCAUCAUCAUAGUCACAGUCAUCGAAAAACUAGUGCACAGCGAACAAAUAGUAAUAAUACUAAUCCAAAACAUUCGUCUCAUACUAACACGGAAUCGAAUAGUUGUCGACAGCAUUCUGACGAAGACGAUGAUGAUGAUGACAAUAUGACGACAAGUGCACGUUUGGAUCGCAAAUUAUCAUCAUCAUCGUCGUCAGCAGCAGCAGCAGCAAUGACAAAUGUACAUCAGCAACAAACCUCUCACAUCAACCCCACUACUACGCCAGUUAGUUCAUCUGGUCCUCAAGGCUUAGUGGUUGGCUACUAUCUAUGCGAUGACCCAGUACCGUAUCGGACCGUAUGGACUGGACCACCUACUUCAGGGUCACAUAGUAGUAACAACAAUAAUAACAGCAACAACAACAACCAAUCCUCGUCAUCUUCAUCUGCAUUGUUUGUCGAAGUCAGUGACCAUUCAGAAACUGUGGAUAACUAUCAAACUAAACAACUGACCAGUCAAUCUCUAUUGACACUGGGACAAUUCAAACAAUUGAUUGCUAAAAAAGGUGUUUAUCGUUACUUCUUCAAAAAACCAAAUGAUGAAUUCGGUACAGGUGUAGUUCACGAAGAGUUGACAAAUGACGAUUCAAUUCUACCGUUAUGGGAGGGUAAAGUUGUUGCACGCGUAGAGCGUGCUGAUUGA